AUGGAGUGGAGCAAUUCGAAAUCCGUGAUAAUUUUGGAUAAAUACCGAAUUGAAUGCUUAUCACCGGCUACGUUAGAAGGCGCAUUACGAGUAAUAAAGGAAUCUUUUUGCCAAGACGAAUACGUGAGCAUAGGAAGCGAAGUAAACAAAAACCCGGUCGCCGCUGAAGAAUUGCUGGAACUAUGUGCGGAUGCAGCGCUUGAUGGGAUGUCAUUAGUUGCGGUUGAAUUAAGUACUGAGGAAGUAGUUGCUGUUGCCUUUAACAAAAUACAGGUUCAAUCGUCGAGCGUAUCGGAGAAACCGUUUUUUGAAGUAUUUGCCGAAGAACGAUGUACACAGGAAUCAUCCCGCUCUCUAAUCCAAUUUAUGGCAAUCGUAGAUGGAAGGUGCAAUUUAUUUGAAAAAUACGGAGUCGACUGCAGUCUUGAAAUAAUGUUCUUAGCAACGCUACGUGAGCAUAGAAAACAAAACUUAGGAACCUUGUUAUGCAAAUAUUCCGUAGAGCUAGCCAGAAAAUUAAAAGAUUGCCCUAUAGCAAAGAUUACAGUUGAAGAUCUAGGUCCUAAGUACAAAAUGAUAAAAUCAAGAGAACCCGUUAAGACUUAUCCAAAAAUUUGUCAAGCUAUUUGGACAUCAAUUGGUUCUCAGAAAAUUGGUAAAGCUCUAGACUUUACCGUGCAUUUGACUGUACCGCUUAAAGAAUUUGUGUAUGAUGGUAAAACAUAUACUGAACGUAUUGGAGAUGAUUCCGCUUUUUGUGAAGUAGUUGCUAAAGCACUUUAUUAG